CGUUGGUCCCGUUGUUCCCGUUGUUCCCGUUGUCCCCACGUGGCGCCCCCUCGCGGUCGGGAGGGCGGCGCUUCCCGGCGUCCCCCGCGGCUCCCACGUGACCGGGGCGGGGGAAGAUGGCGGAGCCGCCCGGUGCCGCGGCGGAGGAAGCGUGGGGGAAGGUGGACGCCGCGUACGGGGACAAUGUCCCGGAGCCCGCGCUCGGUACGGACAGGAAGGGCAGCGUCGUGUCCCGCGCCAACAGCAUCGGAUCCACCAGCGCCUCGUCCGUGCCCAACACCGACGACGAGGACAGCGAUUACCCGCAGGAGUUUUACAAGGAGUCCUACAAGGACCAGCGGCGCCGGGCGCACACGCAGGCGGAGCAGAAGCGGCGCGAUGCCAUCAAGAAAGGCUACGACGACCUGCAGGCCAUCGUGCCCACCUGCCAGCAGCAGGACUUCGCCAUCGGCUCCCAGAAGCUGAGCAAGGCCGUCAUCCUGCAGAAGACCAUUGAUUACAUUCAGUUCCUGCACAAGGAAAAGAAGAAGCAAGAAGAGGAAGUUUCUACUCUCAGGAAAGACGUGAUGGCCUUGAAGAUAAUGAAAGUGAACUAUGAGCAGAUCGUAAAAGCUCACCAGGACAACCCGAGUGAGGGGAAGGACCAGGUCUCUGACCAGGUGAAAUUCAACGUUUUCCAAGGCAUUAUGGAUUCCCUCUUUGAGUCCUUUAAUGCCUCCAUCUCAGUCACGAGUUUUCAAGAGCUGUCAGCAUGUGUCUUCAGCUGGAUUGAGGAGCACUGUAAGCCCCAUACCCUACGGGACAUUGUCAUCGGGGUCCUGCACCAGGUGAAGAGUCAGCUGUACUGAGCAUCCCUCGCUGGAGCACCUCCCGACCGGGUGACAGCUGCCAGGAGAGGCUGGACCAUCUCCCUUGUGCUGGUCCUUAAAGCUUCUUCGAUUAUUUAUUGUCACUACAAAACCAAACCAAAGCUGUGCAAACAGGUACUGUCACAGUCAACGUUACCAAAUACUGCUAAGGACUUAGUGAAGGGAAAGAAAUAAGUGUGUAUUGAAUAUAGAUCUUUUAAGUUGCCAGUGUCUUUAGCUCAGGCAGGUGGUUGCAGUUGGGUUUAUCUGUGCCACUGAUUUCAGGGCUGCAGCUCAGCAGGUGAAUCUGCUCUGUAACCUCACACCUGAUAUAAACCCUAUUGAACCUGGGAGCAGGGAGAAAUAGGAGAGUGCUAAAAGCUGUUGCUGUGCUAAUGCAGCUCAGGAAUAGGGUUAUUCUGCAGCUGCAGGUUUUCAAUACCUCCCUCUGAAGCAGCUCUUAGAAAAGCAAGAGUCUGCUUUUAAUUUCUGUAGCUGCUUUGGAGAAGGCCCGGGAGAACUGAGGGCAGGUUUAUUAGCAUGUCACUGCCAGGGCAAUGCUCAUUACAUGGAGCAGCAAGCGAGCUCUGUGCUGAAGGAGUGCCCUGGGGCCUCGCUGUGCUGACUCUUCAGUAACACCCCUGAAUGGGAAAGGAGUGAACUUUCAUUGCAGCCUUUUCCUCCUUGUUCUGAUGAGUGCUGAAUUGGGCCUGGCUUUAUCUUUUUCUGGGUUGUGAUGUGGCCACACUGAACAGGAAAGUUCAGUAGCUGCAGCACAGCAUUACUCUGAGUUCACACUGCUGUUCCUUAGCACCAUGAUUUUAUGUGGGUAUAUAUAUUUAUAUACAUGUAACCAGCCUUGAUUUUAUUUUAUAGAUCACUGAAAUCAUUGUAAAGUGUAAUCAAUGCCAGUUUUGCAGUGUCUCACUUGCCACACGCUGCUGCUGUCAGUGUGAAUCAGCAAACCAAGCACAAUGAUGGCAUUGGACAGCAUCACCCUCCAUGGCAUUGACACAUACAGCAGGACUUGUUCUCUAGUCGUGUUCUUGCUACCACUCCAACAGUAGCAACUAUUUAUUUUAUGUUGUUUUUCCACUGUAGAUGAGGUAAUGCUAAGUUUCUCAGCUCCGGGUUGCUUGAUUUUUGAAUGCUGCAGCUGGAGAUGGUUGAAGCUGUUGCUUCUGUUUGACUUAAAUGAAGAAAAGCUUUUUGGUGGGGUUGAUUUUUAGAUGAAAUUGUUUUUCCAAACCCUGUGACCUUUUGGAUAUAAUACAAUAGAAGCCCAGUAGGAGUCAGACCCUGUGGUGUCGCACACAACUGAUGACACGUACAGGGCACAGCUUAAUUUCCUUUAGAUGCAACCUCUUGCCUUGAGAGGAAGAUGCGGAUUUUUACAGACCUCAUAUGUGAAAGUGACAUAUUUUUCUAUUAUGGAAAAUGAUUAAAUAAAUUUUGCUGAAUGUUUUAA